CUAUAUAAGGGUCACCCUCCCAUCUGCCAGCCAUCAGAAGUUCAUCUUCACUCGACUGUUUGUGUGUGUUCCUUCGGUGUUUGUGCGCGUUUGUGUGUGUGUUUAUCCGCCAUGAAGCUGAAGAUCGUCGUGGUCCUCUUCGCCCUAGCGGCCUACUGCUACGCCGACGAUGAUGACGAUGACCACGAUGACAGCGACGAGGUCAUGACAGUCUCUGAGGUCCGCAUGACCCAUCUCGUGCCAGGGGUCAGCUCCAUCCCAAUUCCCUCCCACGUCCCACUGGUAAAGACCCUGUCCGUCUCCCCCGCCAUGAGAAGCGGGGCUUCCAGCCCAGCAGUCAUGAAGAUUCCCAAGCCAGGCGUCAGGUUCGACGUUCCAGUGGCCCACGCAGUCCCCCUUCCAGUCGAGAAGACCGUCCAUUCACCAGCCACCUUCCAGGUUCCAGUUCCAGCCCCAGUUCCAGCUCCAGUUGCGGUUCCAGCAGCUCCCGCCGUCAUGCCACAGACGACCCUCCAGGUCGAGGUUCCAGUCCCGACUCUGAGGACAGGAGCAGCUGCGGCGUCCGUCGUCCACGGCCACUCUUCCAGCCCCGCCGUCAUGAAGAUUCCAGAACCCGGCUUGAAAUUCAGCGUUCCAGAGGCCCAGGGAGUUCCUCUCCCCAUGCCAGCCGCUCCUGUUGUUCCAGCGCCUGCGCCAGUUACCACGAAGGCCGCCGUCGACAUUCCAGCUGCCAUGAGCUCUUCCCCCUUCCAGUCGAGUAUCUUCCAGCACAUGAACGCUCUCCCACUCCCUUACUACUCCAAAGCCAUGUCUUUCGGCGUGCCCCUUCCAGGAGUAGCGUCUGGAACCGUGCCUGCUGCUACUGCUGCAGUUCCAGAACCCCUCAGGGUAGCAGAGGUCGCGCCCAUCCAGUACGCCGCCGCCAGCGCCCCGGCGGUUAACCUGCCUUUCCAGACCCCCGCCGUAGCCGCGACGCCCUUCCUGGAAACACCCCGGGCGGUGACCUACUGGGGGAACGUCCUCAGCCCGAGCCAAAUGACCAACUUCAUCGACCUCAACACCGGAGGCUUCUCUUACGUGAACGUCCUGGGAGGCCACGCGGCGCCCCGAGACGCCAUGCCCUUGGUUGUGGGCCACCCCUUCAAGGGCAUCCACUCCCUGUUCCCAUCGGCGGCUUACUCCAAGGACGGCUUGGCUGCUGCUGCUGUCAUCGCCGUAUAAUUGGGGCGACUUCAUACAAAAAAAUGUCGAUCUUAAACGGGUUUUUCUACUGAUGGACGCUACGGUCGAAGGAUGGACUCUUUUUCAUUUUUUUUUAAUCUACCCUGUAAGGGGAGGGGCGCGGGGGCAGCCCGAAAUGUCAGCCAGGGGGAUUCACCAGUGGAAGAGACACGGAAGAAAUGAAUUGCAGUGGCGAAAUGGUUAGUGAAGCGACGGUGAAGAGGCGGAAGAUCACAGAUUGUAGACGAAUCGAGGAGAGAAGAGACACGAAAAACGCCCAGGGAAGCACAUCUGGACGAAUAUAUUUGGGGUGGCCAAAGAUGCAGAGGCACUGAAGGUGAACCUUUGAAAAUAUUGUGUCAUAAAAAUCCACAAUUAUAUAUUAGAGUAUAUUACUGGGUAAAAUAUUGCUGAGAUAACUAUAACACCUCUUUUAAUGAGGAACAGGCACUGGAAAUAGUAUGUGAAAUAAAACAAAAAAUAACUGGAAAUAAAAACAACAGACCUUUAGAAUUUGUUACUGAAUAUAUAUUCUUGAAAAUACUGAUGUAACAAAUAUAGCUACCUCUUGUAAUGACGAAUAUCCCCACAAACCCCAAACAAAAAACUGUGACUCAAUAAACAAAAUAAUCACGUAA